AUGCCGAACCAAUCCUUUGUCGACAUCAUGAUCAUGGUGAAAAAUGCAUACUUCUGUGUCGCAAAGUGUAAAGUUGACAAUCUGAAGGGGGGUUUACACCUAUUCCAGUUGGGGACUGAUUGUCUAGAGGGAUUCUUUGGGCUUAUUAGAAUGGCAAUUGGAACUGAUACAAAUGUCGACAUCAUGCAACUUGGAAGCCAUGCAUCUGGGUUAGUUGAGGUUGCAGUAAUACUGGUGCUACACCCUGAAUGGGACCAAUCACCUCACCGUCUGGGACUCAAAAUGAUUACAAAGGACAUUACAAUGGAAAUUAACUCAAAGUUCGACCACAUAAAUCCAGCCAGUUGGCAUGGAUCUGCCAGUGUGGAAAGCAUCAACUUACACAUGGCGUGGAUACUUGGGGAGCAUGCUGCAAUCAAUUUAAUACCAGAAGUGGAACAGGUUUUUGAUGAUGCAGUGCAGUGA